GAGAAAAGGUCAGCGUUCUACUGAGUCCAUUCCAGUGUCGAAUUCAGCACCGCCAUCUCCUGGGCAAGAAACGUCACGCAAAGAGGAAAGGCUUCUACGGCAGCCUGUGGAGUCCAUUUAAAUUUGUUAUCCCCGACACGUUCAAUCGCUGUUGCUAUGGCUUCACUCGGCCUAGGAUCUUUCCCUCCCCACCUAUGGACGAUCAGCAGAAGGGGAGGAGCGUUUAUGGUGACGUAAAAUGUAACGCUAGCCGUUCCCCGGCUGACUUAUUUGGCAAGCUGCAGGCUGAAUUUGGAAUUUGGUUUUGUUGUUUAGAAAAUACACUAAAGGAAAAAAGCCAAAAGAAAACAGAGAGUAAGCUUCAGAUAAUGGAGUCUUCAUCAAAUCUAGAUGUUGGAGCCCAGCUAAUUGUGGAAGACUGCACUAGCAGCUACAGCCUAUCUCACAUGCCAAACAUUAAAGUGGAGCAUCACCUUGAUUCCAGCGUUGAGGAAGGACCAGCACAGAGUGUUGCUAUGGGAAUGAAAUUCAUUUUGCCUAAUAGGUUUGACAUGAAUGUCUGCUCCCGGUUUGUGAAGUCCUUGAAUGAAGAAGAUAGCAAAAAUAUUCAAGAUCAAGUGAAUUCUGACCUUGAAGUGGCAUCUGUAUUAUUUAAAGCUGAAUGCAAUAUUCAUACUUCUCCUUCUCCUGGGAUUCAAGUCAGACAUGUCUACACCCCAUCAACUACGAAGCAUUUUUCACCUAUAAAACAGUCCACCACUUUAACUAACAAGCACAGAGGAAAUGAAGUCUCUACAACACCUUUGCUUGUAAACUCUCUCUCCAUUCACCAGCUGGCAGCUCAAGGGGAAAUGUUGUAUCUAGCCACACGCAUAGAACAAGAAAAUGUAAUCAACCAUACAGACGAAGAAGGCUUUACUCCUCUGAUGUGGGCUGCAGCCCAUGGGCAGAUAGCAGUGGUAGAAUUUCUUCUACAAAAUGGUGCAGACCCACAGAUCCUGGGGAAGGGGCGAGAAAGUGCACUGUCAUUGGCUUGCAGUAAAGGGUAUACAGACAUCGUCAAGAUGCUGCUAGACUGUGGAGUUGAUGUUAAUGAGUAUGACUGGAAUGGUGGUACACCUUUGCUCUAUGCUGUGCAUGGAAACCACGUUAAAUGUGUCAAAAUACUCCUAGAGCAUGGUGCUGAUCCAACUAUAGAAACAGACUCUGGAUAUAAUUCCAUGGAUUUAGCUGUAGCCCUAGGCCAUCGCAGUGUUCAACAGGUGAUUGAGUCUCAUUUAUUAAUGCUUCUUCAAAACGUCAAGGAAUAAAGCCACUGCAGGCAUGAGAGCAGAUUCUAACCUAAAGAGUUCCAGCUGUGUUAGCACUGCACAACGUGACAAAUUUGAUUUAUUUACUUCAGUCCAGUCAUUGCAGGGGGACUCUCAUUAUUCACCAAGUAAAGAUAUAAACUGUUCCUUCAUGAAUAAUGCUGGUGAUAGCUUGCCACCCACCCGUUUUGACAGUUCCUGCUGGCAUGCCCAUUUUAAUUGGCAGUGGUCACAAAGAUGGAAUUGUUGGUUGUAUCACAUCAUAUGAUGUCUCUGCAAGCCUUGCCUUUACCAUGAUGUUGCUUUAUUGUUCCAGAAGACCUUAAGGUCCCAAAUGGGUAAAAAAGAAUAUCAAAACACAAUGAUGUUUUGGGCAGAAAGCCAGAUGCCAACAUAGCAACGUUUGAUAAUUGCAUUCAGGAAAAUGUUUCUGAUUGCUUUUGUUUCUGUCCUUCAUUCAUAGAUGUUUGUAAAGCCAAACUUUACCCUGUUUGUAAAUAUGUAGUGAAAUGUGAUAUUGUAUAGGAUCUUAGGAAUGGGGGGAUGUCAAUCACACUGUAGCAUCACAUCUUAUUUUGUCUGGCAUAAGAGGAAGCACUGGAAUAUGUAAACUUAGUUUAAAAGAAUGCCCGGAGACCUUGCCAGCUCCUAUUGGUAAGGCAGAAAACCUACCUGCCCUUAUUGUACCAUCACUGCAUUUCCACCAAAUAGUUUGAAAUAGAGCAGGGGGAGGAAAGUUUAUUACCGCAACUCGCAAGGAAAGUCCCCAGUUUAUUUGAAGUGUAGAAAUUAGCAUGGCCCAUCUUCAGACUUGUGAGCACCCUCUAGUCUCCUCGCAAAGCUCAGUUUAUCAUUUAAUGUGAAUCAAUUCACAACCAUGGUUUGUUCUGUGUUGAUAGCCAAUCUAAUAUGGUUUAGAGGAUGGAGAAUUUUGCCUGAAUCACAAACUAUGAUUUGAUACAGAAGCACUGUAUUUACUAGCCAAAUUUGGAAGGACAGAGCACAUGAACCAAAGGAUGCCUUAGGUUUAUUCCUGUAAUGGCAAACCAUGCUUUGCCAUUGUAUGAAUGCUAGGAUGCAGCGUAACUGCCCUAUUGAGGGAGACUGUAAUUAUUCUACUAUAAAUGCAGGAGCAAAUCCAUACUUUAGUAAUAAAUUCAACAUAUGUGAAAGAUAAUGGUGCAAUAUUAAAAAUAUGGUAGGUUUCUCAUUCAUCCAGCCUCACUACCCAGAGAAGACUACUGAACUGCUUGCCCUUCCUGGGGGCAGGGUCUUUUGUAGAUAUUCUGCUUCAGAUGUGCUAUAACAUUAGAAUGGUUAAAGCUACAAAUGUUUUUAGAUGUUAUUUUCAGUGUUGUAAUUCUAUAUACAUAGUGUACAUAAAAUGUUUUUAAAUUAUUAAACUUGAACCUUGACAUGUUACAUCACAGGGGUAAAGUCCUCCUUUGUUUUGGUUUUCACUCAUUUGGUAUUUCAUUUUGUUUUAAACUCUUUAAAAGAGACAGUUACUGCUCAGAAUAUAUAUUAAUUUCUCUGUUCCUGAACAAGUGUUUGACUUGAUGGUACCCACAGUAUGUUAUUUAUAGGUCACAGAAAAGAAAGCUAAUAGAUCACAUGAACACAAGUAAGGGGAAGGGCAUGUGUUAGAAUUGGCACUUGGGACACCAAUCUUUUCUCAAAAUUUGACCUUGAGGGUGGUCGUUGUUUUUUUUAAAAGUUUCCAUUAACUAUUUGCAUGCAACAGCAGUAGAUUUGAGAUGCCAUCAACCAAUUUCUUGAGACCUUAACUAAGCAUACUGGCAGAAAUAUGUAUUUGUUAUCAUGUACUCGACAGGAAUGAACAUAAACCUUGAAAGCAUGACUGGGAAAAUGAAUAACACUCUGGACUAACAACUUAUUUUGAUGAGGUCUGAAGCCAAGAAUCUAGUUUACCACAAAAGUAGUCAUAAGUUAUUCAAAGCCAUAUUUCAAUCUACAAAAUACUACCUACAAGUAUUUGCCUAAACAUUUAACUUUUAUUAGCAUUUUGACUUAAUACUUUUCCAUUUUGUGCACAUCAAUCCAGCCGCAAAUAAAUGCUUAGUGUGCUAAGCAAUAACCAAGGAGAGCUGCAAUUUUGAGGGGUUUCCGAAUAUUAUA